AUGUCAGCAGAAAUACGUCAACUUGUAGAAGCAUGUCACACGUGUCAGAAAUUUAGCAGCGGUCAAACGAAAGAAACACUAAAAUCUCACGAAAUUCCCAGCCGUCCGUGGGAGAAAAUUGCAACUGAUCUGUUCACCUACAAUAACAAAGAGUUCCUCAUCACAGUGGAUUACUACAGCAACUUUUGGGAGAUUGACGAACUAUCAACCACAACCGCCCUGCC